AUGGAAUUUGAUAAAGAGAUAGAGAUAUUUAGAAAGAUGGACAGUAAAAUUGUAGCCAACGCCCUCGCUUUUGUUCAAAAGAGCAUCGAAAAGGUCCCAGUCAUCCAAAAGGUCAUUGACUCUAAGCUUGUUCAAGAAAACAAGGUUGCUGCUGGUAUCACCGCCGUCGGUGCUGGUGUUGUCGCUGCUGCCACCAUCUCCAAGUUUGUCAACUGUGAAGGAAAGAGAUACGACUUUGCUGCCAUUCCAAACAUGACCUACGAAGAAUCCAUCUAUGAUGUUAUCACCAUCGGUGCUGGUCCAAGUGGUUCAACUUUGGGUUACUAUUUGGCUCGUGAAGGUCGUAAGGUCGCUCUUUUGGAAAAGAAGAAGUUCCCACGUGACAAGUUUUGCGGUGAUGCUGUUGCCACCAUGGCUCAAGAUAUUCUCCGUGAGAUGGGUGUCAUGAAGGAACUCGUCGACGAGGACCUCGGUCACUUUGCCCAAAACGGUGGUUUUGUCUCACCAAACGGUAACUCUUUCAUUGGUAACUCUGCCAAGGAAUUGGCUCGUGAUGCCAAGUACAACAGAGGUGCCGUCAUUGCCGUCAAGCGUAUCUAUUUGGACGAAAAGAUUGCCAAGGCUGCCAAGCGUAUGGGUGCCGAGUUGAUCGAAAACACCACCGUCAACACUGCCAAGUUUGAUCGUGAAACCGGUCUCUGGACCAUCGAAUGUGUUGACUCUGAGAACAACACCCCAUCCGUCUACAAGGCUCGUUGUCUCAUCUGUGCCGAUGGUUCCCCAUCCGCCGCCGCCCGUGCCCUCGGUUACGUCAAGACCGAACCAAACGGUGUCUGCUCACGUUCCUACGUCAAGAACAACACCACCUUCAAGUACGACGGUGUUGUUUUCUACCCCAAGUCCCUCCUCCCAGGUUACUGCGCCAUCAUCCGUGAAGCCCGUGACGAGCUCAACUACCUCGCCUACAUUAUCCCAGGUGGUGAAGCCACCAUCGACGAUCUCUCCAAGUUCCAUCACGAGUACAUGGAAAAGGACCCAUUCAUUUCCGCCGCCCUCGGUCCAAACCCAGACAUUGAGCGUAUGAAGGCCGCCCCACUCCGUCUCGGUGGUAUCAAGAAGUCCUACGACGACCACAUGCUCAUCAUUGGUGAUGCUGCCGGUUUCAUCGAUCCACUCACCGGUGAAGGUAUCCAAUACGCCAUGGAAGGUUCCAAGAUUGCCGCUGAAGUCCUCAUCAGAGCCUUCCGUGAAAAGGAUCUCUCCCACCAAUCUCUCAAGCGUUACCAAGACCGUUGGAUGUCCCGUUUCGGUCACGAAUUCGAUAUGUCCAUGAAGAUGUCUUUGUUGCUCUACCGUUUCCCAAUCGUCCUCGAUGCCGCUGCUUCCCUCAUUGGUAAGCGUGGUUCCCGUUUCCUUGCUGAAUGGGCUGCCGUCAUGACCGGAGUUGAACCCAAAACAUGGUUCUUGAGACCAGAUGUUGGACCAUUUAUCUUUUUGGAAAUUAUUACCGAGUGUGGAAGACGUAUCUUCAAGAAACAGAACUUUAAGGUUGAUAACGCCACUUCUUAUUAA